CGCUGACGUCAUUCGCAUGCGCCACUCACAUGGACGAGACGUAGCGGCAACUCGGGUACGUUUCCUCCCUCUUGGGUUACUGAGCACGAUUAUGUUGCCUUUAAAGUUCCACUGAGUGGAUUUAAUAACAGACGAACCCCACGAAUGUGAUCCAACCAUUUCGCUGUCGCCCACAAAUGACUUGAGCCGCGGACUGAAAUGGCGCACGGUGGAUCAGAGGCGUGUGAGACUUGGCCGGGUGGAGUUUCAGAGGCGAUGGAGCUGCUUCACAUCGACGUGGAGGCUGAUGCGGUGGAGGAGAGGCCAGCGAGAGCAGCUGCCCUGUUUUCUUUCUUGCCCGCCGUGCUCCCUUUAAUGCAGAGGAACGUGUUGAGGAAGCAGCGACACUGGGAGAGGCAGCUGGCAGCGAAGAAAAGCAAGAGGAAAGAAGAGAAGCAGCGGAGGAAGGUCAACCGAGAGCAGGCGCCCGAUCAUCCCCAGUUUACCAAACGGGUCCUGAAAGCGAUCGCCAAAGAACGUCUGGCUGAGGCUCAGUCCUCGGGGCUCAGGCUCUGUGUUGACCUGAGCAUGACCGACGGCAUGUCCGACAAGGAGGUGAGUCGCCUCGCGGGCCAGUUGAGGAGGCUGUACGGGUCGAACAAGAAGGCGACCCGGCCGUUUCACCUCCUCCUGACGGACCUGGUGGAGGGCGGCCGGCUCUACAGAGAGUGCCUUCGGAUGAACGAGGGCUUCCUCAACUACAUGAUUGACAUGACAGAAGAAAGCUGCCUGGACCUUUUUCCUCCAGAAGCUGUCGUCUACCUCACGCCAGAUGCAGAAGAAGCUUUAGAAACAGUGGACGCCGACAAGGUGUACGUCCUCGGUGGCCUUGUGGAUGAAAGCAUCAGGAAGACGUUGAGCUUGUCCAGAGCCAGAGAACUGAGCGUUCACACGGCGAGGCUUCCCAUAGACGAGUACAUGACGAAAACAAGCAAUGACAAGAACUUCCACUCCAAGAUCCUGGCAAUAAAUCAAGUGUUUGACAUCUUGUUGACCUUCAGCAACACGGGCAGCUGGACCGAGGCCCUGCAGGCCUGGUUUCCCCCGGGGAAGGGUUAUUGUGUUGCACUGCAGGAUUGUCCACAGUCAGACACUUAGCACGUGAAUGGAUUUUUUUUUUUUGGAUUUUUUUUUUUUGGAUUUAUACCAGACAUUCUUUGCAUCCUCCCCCACUAAGCGCCCCUCGCUUAGUGGGGGAGGAUGCAAAGAAUGGGGAGCUGUUUGAUAAGGCACUUGUGAGAAUAAGAGAGAACUUUUGUUUUGCUUGGUGUUGUUUACAUUGAAAACAAAAAGUCACAUUUUCAUGCUGUGCAUGUUUAUUACUACUCAUUUAUAUUCAAGAAUUCAAUAAAACAAAAGGAGCUUUGGUGCUUCUAACGUUC